GGAGCCGAGCGCUCUAACUUUCGCCAGGCCCAGAUCGUCUAUCCUCUGAGCUCCUGAGAUGGAGAACACGAAGGCGAUCCUUGCGCUCUCUUCUCCCUCCGAAUCCCUAGCGCCCGAAGCCGAAUCACAGAUCUCAUCUCUCCUUUGCGAUGUGUCACAGCAGCUUCAGAUAGCUAUCCAAAACAUGCUUAAGAUGACCAGUGAGAUUGAUGAAACCUCUGCUGAGAUAAUGGAAGAAAUAGAGAAGUCCAAGGAGUCUGCAGGUGUUAAAAAUAAGAUCUUGGAGGAAGAGAAAGAACGAUUCCAGAAAGCUGCUAUUGCUGUGUUAGAGAUGCUGAAUGGCAGUAAUGUCAAUUAAGAUCUGUCUACUGUCACUUCGUGAAGCAUUAUAUGUUUUUCUUUUUAUUCCAUUCUUUUUUCUGGCUAGAGCCAUUCAUGUCACAAGGUGAACUAUGUGAAUAGUAGUUUGGCCUUUGAACAUUGACGCAUAUGCAAGGUUGUCCUUUUGUGCAUGAUUUUCAUAUUGUCAAUUAAAGACAAUUUUUACUUUGAAGGCUACUAUAUUAGUUAUUUGGAUGGCUGUUCUUACAGGAAGAUAGUGCUAGAGUUAUGGUGUUCAGUUAUUAAAGUAUAUAAUGAACACAAUGUACUUAUAUCAUCAGUUUUUAAUAUUUCAUCUUCUUUAAAUUAUUAUUAAAUGAUAGUGCGCAAUAUUUGUAAUGGGAAGAUGUUUGAUAUCUCAGAAUCUUUUUAUGUGAAGGAUAAUCUGUUCAUUUGCUGGGUACGAAUUUUAUAAGAAUCUCUGCAACAUUGUCGAGUAUCUUGGUCCUGACAUCAUGUAAAUGGCCUUGGAUUUUUCUUUCAUCCAAGACAAUCUAGACAUAUAAGGACUUCAGAGACGUUGGCCUUUGUGCCCAUGUACACUGCCUCAGUAUGAAACAGCAGUUAAUGAGUCCUGUAAUUAUGGAAAAAAGACCCAGAUGGAAUAUAUUCUGUUGUUUGGCUUUUUAGAUGGUUCAGGAUUUGAUCCACUUUAAAAAUCUUUGGAUCUAGUAGAAAAACAUUUCAGCAUUAUAUAGCUAUUGAACUAUGCUAUGAGUUAGAUGUAUGUAUCUUUAAGUUAGUAUUAGUCUGUUGGAGGGCUUAAAUAUGUAGUGCUUGUAUCUGGAAGCUGCUGAAGAGAUGGAUUUGCAAAAAAACUUUCUAUACUUCAUAACACACAUAUUCUUUGUCCAUAUGUUUUUGUUCAUUCUUUAUGUGGUUAUCUACACAGAUCUAGCUAUGGCAUUAAGUCAAAUUUAUGUUGUUAUCAGAAGACUUCACAGCCUAAUGUUUGCACAGAAGUGAUCAAUGUUCCCCUAAUAUCUUGAACGCAAAUCCAACCACAGUUAGCAACAUAAGUAUCAUCUAGGUCAAGAUGGCUAGUGUAGUAGCUAAUACACUUGCAUUGACUUUACAGCAGAUUGAUUGUUUGCAAGAAAGAUCUGAAUGCAGUCUAGAAAGGUGACAUGCAAACAAGAUUGAUUGUAUAGACACCACAACACUCAUAUUUUUAUGUUAUCAAUAGUAUCCUCUCGUGAAUAAAGUUUGAACACGUACAUGUGGGUUCAGUAGCUAAACUUGUUUUAUUUGUUAUUUUUUCUUAAAGGUAUUUUUCUUUCUUGAAUUGUAAGAUAUGAAUUUGUUUUCUCACAUAAGUAGAGAAUAGUAAUGUUUCAACCUUCACAAUUGACUGUUAGUGAUUUAUGAGCAGUUAUGAUUGUUCCUUUUUGUCUUUUCACCUUGAUCAAAGUGAUCACAUAUCUGAUGCUGAUAUUAAAGCGGUGAAUUAUCGACUCCUUUUGCAAUAGCUAGCGGUUGACCUUGUUUAACACUGCACUUACAUGUUAGCAUUUGCCUUCCUUUCUCUUCAUUCAGAACAGAUUGCUGGCAACAUCCAGGAUGCUUUUUUAUUCAGAUUAUCAAGAGUAGUGAGUGGUGACUGUUCUUCUGUUGACUAAAUAUUUUUUUUCUAACUUGAAAGUUCUUUUGCUUGCAGUUCUUUCAUUAUUUAAGUUAAAAAAAUUCUCUUUUUAUGCACGCAUUCAAAAAACAAUUUUAAAUCAAUUGUUUAAGGCUGCUUAGUCAAAAUUGGUUUCUUUUUGCUUCUCUUCCUGUUUAUUCUGUUUCCAUGCCAGUCCAUCCACAGCCCCCUCAACACCCCCCCACCCCAAAAGAACUUUUAUUUUUUGCUGGACCGAUCAAAUUCUUUGUAUUUGGAUAUCUUUAGUGGCUACAGCUGGUUGUGCAAUGGAGCUUUCAGCUUCUGCUUUGGGGUCUGACUUAGGCUUCACUGCAGUCCAACCGAUCGGUGUGAAACAUUUUCAAGCAUCGAUGCAGUGCAGUUUCGCAUUUUCUUGCGUACCUUUUUUGUCCUUUCUUCCAAGCUCUCUUUUCAGUCUUCCUACCUUUCAAAUCUCCUCUUCAGUUUUUGGAUGAGGAUGGAUGAGGUCAAAGUUUGGAUCAAGAUUUCAAUAGUGAAUAGUGCAUUGAUGAUGGAAGGCCAAUGAAGUAGGAGUCUGCCAUAGGCUGAGGAGAUGCUGAUGGACUGUGCAUCAAGCCUUACCUGGUCAUAACUCACCUUUCAAUACAUUCAAAUUCCAUACAACCACCUUUGAGUAAGUUAUUUUGUUUAAUAAAUUCAACAUAGAAUUUUCCUUCUAACUGUUCUCCUUUUUAAAAUCCAUUUUUUCCUACCGUCCUGAAAUUCUUGCAACUCUGGCUUUUAUUUUUUGCUAGUUGAAGUGGAAGAGAAAAUAUUAGAAAGGACAUCUGGGAACCAAAAAGUACAUGGGUUAGUCUUUACACUCGGUCCAUUAUUUCAAAAUUUAAUGAUUUCUUCUCUAUCCCCUAACAACCAAGGAUGUAGGUAUUAGUUCAAAAUUAUUAGAAAGGACAUCUGGGAACCAAAAAGUACAUCAGUUAGUCUUUACACUCGAUCCAUUAUUUCAAAAUUUAAUGAUUUCUUCUCUAUCCCCUAAUAACCAAGGAUUAAGGUAUUAGUGCCAGUACCUUUGCUGAUCACCUUCCACCACAUUAUGCCCUUGCCAUUCCGGCAUGUGUCAGUUUGUAUCAAAGAAAGAAAAGGUACUUGAAAUCCCUUUUUUGAUAAAAAAUAUGAAAAAGUAGAUUUAAUAGAUGCCAUGCUGACAUGUGCCACUGCCAGGUGCUGGUACUAGCCUGGCAUGAUACAUAUUGACCAGCACAGACCAGUACAACCAGCACUUGAUAAUAUUUUAACAACAAAGUAAUCCAUUGAAUUGUUGAGCAGUAGAUUUUGUAAUGGGGACAGGCAUCAAAAACAGCAUUUGUGCUUGGUUUUGGGGCAUUGCUGUUUCCUAUCAGAUUUCCCAUUGGUUUGGUGGUGUUUCUCAAAGGCUCUUUCUGAAGAUGGGAACCAUCAUUUAUCAAAAUCUUCACUCUGUUCCCUUGCAUAAACCCUCUGACUAACAUAAGGGUAGAUAUCUGGCUCUAAUCCCUGUGUUAGUCCCAUUUUGCCUCAGCAACCAUGGAUUUCUACUGAUAAGAGAGACAUGUGGCCUGGUUGCUGCUAGUGUUGUUUGUGAUGGCCAUUUGUGGAAUCUCCAUCACCCACCAAACUGGUAAAGUUCUGGAAUGAAAUAUAGAAGAAUGUCACAUGGUUCUGUUUUACGUUGUAGUUAAAAAACAAGAAACUAGAACUUUAGUUGCUCAGUAUCUUGUGAUUGCGUUUAUUUGGGCUGUAACAGUAUAAGUUUAGGAAUCAUACUGUUUUCAAUGACUUUUGGUUUAGUCUUGACUGCUUCUUAUUUAACACUAUUUAGUGUUCCUUUUCCACAUUAAGUUAUUUGAAAUGUUUGAUAUUAUUUUCUUUUGUUAAAAACAUGUUAUCAGAACCAGUGACAUAAAGGACUCACCGUAUUACCCUUUCUAGAAGAAAUUUCAGUUCUUUACUUUUCAUUCUGAUCUCAUCUUGCAAACAUCUUAUUCAAGAAUACUUAUUCCCCCAUCAUUUUUUCUUACUCUUUGCCUACCAUCUCACUUGCAUGGUGGCUGGUCUUCAGAAGCAGUUUUAUUGCUUUGUGCCCACUCUCUCUCUCUCUCUCUCUCUCUCUCUGAGGAAAUCAUUGUGCCCAUUCUCACGCUUACACAAAUAGAUAUUCACACAUGCACAGAGAGAGAGACCCACGUCCUGACCUACACAUGUACAGACUGUAGACGGGACCCCUCUUUUAAUGCCUUAGAAACUAUCCAAGUGCCUUAAAUAAUGACACCCUGGGACCCCACUUUUGCCGGAAUGGUUUGAUCAUGAUCGUAUUUUGCAUUGCAUCUGAGGCUGCAUACUUCAAUUUUUUCAUGAAAGGACCAGAUCACGAGGUUUCAGGAUAUCCGCUGUUCAAGAUAUUCGGACUACGUGUGAUCUACUGUCUGAAGUCAUAAGAUGUUAGUUAUGUAAUCAUCUGACAUUUUAGCCCACCUGACAAUCAGGCAACUGGCCUUAUUGGAUGGUAAGCUCUCCGCCAUCAGAUAUUUUUAUGACAAUGAAACAUCUGUCUAUUGGUUCUUUUCCAAUGAUUUCUUCCUUGCCGUCAAAUGCCUUCUAAUGGUGUGAUCCACACCAUCAAAGGAAACAGUUGUCUUUUAGCAACUAAAGUCCGAGAGUCCCUCUCGAUCCAUGGUUUUUUUUUGAGAUUUAGUGAUUUUCUUUAGUUCCACAUUGCUUGUGCCAAAACUAGGGGCCUCCCGAGGUACCUAAAUAAGCCCCUCUACCUGCUAGAAGCAUUGCUCAAUUUCUCUAGCAAGUGGCCUGUUAGCAAAGCUCCAGCGUAUCUUGCAGAAGGUGGCCAGAAUUUGAUUGUUUUAGGCUCCGAAGGAUGCAGAGGUUUUGGGCACUGCAAAAGGUCCCGGCCAAGGGCGUAGUGAUUCAGGGAAGCCCUAUUUUUUCUUCUCGUCUUUCCUUUUCUUUUCUGCUCUUAGUUUAGUUUUAAUCUCGCAUGAGCAUGGCAUGGCAUUUUUUCCCAUCCUAGUCUUUAGUUCUCCAGGGGUUUUGGGGGAAGGAAAAGCGAUCACACCGUCUUCCUUCCCCACCAAUAUUUCAGGUUAGUUCUCCCACAGUUAGUCCUCUAGUAGUUCUUGGCUUUAAUUUUGGUAAUGCUUCUAAUAGUCCUCAUUCUGCUCGAUCUUUUUUGUAGGAAAACACUUUCAACACAACCAAGGCUCCUAGUAAAGUAUACUCUUAGGGAGGUAGAAUCCAUAGAUCAAAUAUCUCCUCGGAGGCGGUGUCUCAGCGGCCAGCGGAAGGGAAGAAUUGGUUGGCAAUCGCAGAGCAUUGUUUCAGUGGUAGGUUUCUAGAUCAAGGCUUGUCAACUACUACAUCAGUAGCAACCCUCCACCGACUGGAGUGCGGCGAAACCCAAUCCUGCACAGACAUGCACACAGAGACUAAAAAACUUUGCAUAUGAUGAACCUUUUAAUCACUUGAUUCUUUUCGAGCUACCUUUGUUAUCAUUUUCCCCAAUUCUUAUUUGUCCAGGUAGGGUAAAUAAUUCUAUCUAGUUUUUUUAGUGGCUGUAGUAAACUGGUAAUAUAUUUUUUUUGUUAUUUUA